UAGAAAUCUGGGUCAGACCCAUUUUUGCCGAAAGGGGUAUUUCAAAAGGAGAAGACACCAUUAAGUCUAGACUUCCCUCUGUUCCUUGGCGAGAUCAACAAGAGCCCUCAUCGAGUUGUCAAGCUCAUUGCUUAUAAAAAAGUGUUCUUGAUCUUCCCUUUUUUAACUUACUUUUUAGGCCACUUUCCAGGUUUUGCUGUCACUUUUAGGCCAAGAGCUUGCAGUUGGUAAUCGAUACAUUUGUCGUUCGAUAAAUGGGAACUAAUUGGUUGUUUUUCGCUGAACAAGAUGGGAAUUUAGGUGGAAUUUUCCCUAUCGAUCCCAUUCUGCCUCAUACCUUGGGUGCUCAUUGGAUCUCUCACAUUGCGUCGCUGGUUGACAACUCGAGGCAUCUUUUGGCGCCCGGGAACGUGGCCCUCCAAGAAGCUUUCAGCUGUAUGUCGAAAUUCGCUGGGGCUCUAGUGAUAUGGUGCGCCCGUGGCCCCAAUGUCAACGUGAAAAGCAAGUUUAAAUAUAGCAGGAUAUCUGCAAUCCCGGUAGCGGUUAAUAAGAUAUCGAGCUUUGCUUUGAAGCAACUGUCGAAAGAGGCUCAAUGGCUUCAAACGUUUCCUAUGCUUUCGUUGGGGGCUGCAUUGUUGCCACCAUUGGCUAAUGUCUCGACAAAUGUCUUUGCUAUUCCGUUGGAGACUGGCUCUACGGAGCAGAAACAUUGUGAGAUUGAAAGUCGAGGAUGUGGGCCCUGCAGUGAUCUUUAUUUGCAGAGUCUGGCUUGGGCUAAGACGACCGAGGCCAGAACUGGUGUGGAGUUUCCAUCCAUGCUGGACAAUAGUAUAUCGGGGGAAAGUAAUUCCGGUUUCACACCUGAGAUCCUCGUAGGAACUGGAUCGAGAACUAUGACUAUUAUACGAAUCAAAUCUCUCAAAGUCUAUGCAUUUGGUUUCUAUGUUCAUCCAUUUGACGUUUGUGAGAAAUUGGGUCCGAAGUAUGCUUGCAUCCCGGGGCACGAGUUGAACAAGAGCCAAGAUUUUUACCAGGAUCUUCUAAGGUCAGACAUCAACAUGACAGUUAGGCUUGUGGUUAGUUGCAACGGGAUCAAAAUCAGCACCGUGAGAGAUGUUUUUGAGAAGUCUCUCCGAGCCAGAUUAUCACAGGCUAAUCCGGAAGCUGAUUUUAGCUGCCUACAAGAAUUUGGUUCCAUAUUCACGCAGAAUAUUCCUCUACGCGUGGGCACAACGAUCAAUUUCCGGAGAACAGCUGACAGCCACCUCAUCACAGAAGUUGAAGGGAAUACCAUCGGAGCAGUGCAGAGCAAUGAUCUUUGCAGGGCCUUUUUUGACAUGUACAUCGGACAAAUCCCUGUUUGUGAGCAAACGAAAGAAGAAAUCGGGAAAAAUGUAGCGAGUCUCAUCAGGAUGUGCUGAGGUAGCGCAACGAAGCCUAAAUACUUGCAUCUAGAUUCCGAAACAACGUGCUCAUUGGAGCUGUCGCUCAUUAGUCGUGUGAGCCCUAUAUAUUAUACCGGGGCUCUUAGGGGCGAAAAAGAUCGAAAAUUUCGCCUUUGAAUUGAUGAUUCUUUGUAGCGAAAGCAUGGGAGUAACAGUUCUUGCUAACUUCAACUAUUUGUAGAUUUAAUUUCUGAUUGUUUCUUUAUUGGAAAAGAAUGUGUUUGUGAUUACUUGUACGUACUAAUUAGUGUGACGCACCACAUCAUCAUGUCACGUGGUGUGUCUAGACAAUCAAAUUUUUACUCGUUAUAGUAUAUAAUAGGCUUGAUAUUGCGGACUC